CCCCGUAUCGAAUAUUGCAGUGCUACCACGAUAAGCAGGCGACUCACAGAACCUUAUCACUCAAGUCCUAAUCCUGAGCUUGUGUGCCCAUUCAUUAUCAGAAUUCACAGCGGCCACAUCAAACAAAACUAGGAGAACGUCGUGUCAAACCCAGCGACCGGUAACGCCCAAGUCACUUGAGAAUAGUAGUCGUCGACACCAAGUCUCAAUUAUGACGAGCCACGAGCAGCAGCAACAUGGGGACGAGCCCCACCAGGUUGGCGUGGAUGAGCUGCACGAGGAGCUGGACACCACACCUGUCCACGCUGCGGCCCGCGCUGGCCGAGUUGAAGAUUUGCGCGAAAUUUUGCUGGUCGAUGCCACUCAGGCCGUGGCACUGGACAAGUACGGACUAACGCCACUCCACUGGGCUUGUGACCGCGGAGAGGCAGCGGCAACGCGUCUACUACUACAACACGGUGCGGAUGUUGAUGCCGUGGAGAAGCGCAUGUUCAAGCGGCGGCCACUGCACCUUGCAGUUCUGGCGAGCUCCGAGGCGACGGUGCGCGAGCUGCUGGCGCACCACGCCGAUAUUCUGGCCGAAGACUACCGCGGCUGGGCGCCGAUCCACGGAGCAGCCUACAGCGGAGAUGUGGACUCGCUGACGGCAUUGUUGAACGCAGGUGCGAGCGUCACCACGCAGCUGACCAAGCGGCGCGAGACGGCACUGCACGUUGCCGCCUGCCGAGGUCGCAUGGAGGCUGCUCGGCUUCUGCUGAAGCGCAGUUCUGACGGCGCUGGUGAUGAGAGUCUGCUGGCCAUGGAGGACGACGAGGGCUCCACGGCAGCACAGGUGGCGGCUCGCAACGGAUUCGAGGACAUUGCGUAUCUGUUAGGUGGCCAGCUGCAAUGAGUUUGCUGGAGGUGAACAGAGCGACGUUGAAGCGAACCGUUCCCACUGGCAUGGCCGUGCUUCAGCAAGUGUGUUAAUAAGCUAAGAGUGAAAUCGACGCAGAUGGGCAUCAUAUCAUCGUUGAGUCAGCGACGCCGACGCCGACAGAGCAAGCAGGGCUUGCGAUGAUCAAUGCAAUUUGCAGCUCAACGGCAACGCGCAAGAGCUCUGUGAACCAAAGCAACACGCAGCACCAGCUGAGUGGUUGAGUGGUUGAUUGUUCUGCGCUUCACACGUGAAUAGGCGUAUCCAGUGGACAGGCGAAGCGGAAUCUGCUGUUGCCCAGCGAAACUUGCGCAGUCUGCGGAUCCGUGUACACUGUAUCCUGGUUGGUUCGACCUGGUUGAAUGCUCGAGUGGUGGUGAAAGGUUACAUGCAGCGCGUCACCGGUUGGAGAACACUAAACACGGCAAAUAAAAACAUGUGCUUGCUGCAGACGAACAGCAACUUGCUUCUGAUCGUUGUGCUGCACCGUGUGCUGCCGAUCGAGAACAACCCCUCCGCACCAAUCACGCUGUGGAUUCUACAGCCAGUGGAGUCUCCACCGGAGAUUCCUGGCCAACAAUUGACAACACGAACUCCACCAAAUUGGAGGCGAAUCUGCCGUGGUGCAGCAGAGCGUUGCGCGCCCAUCAGCGCUGUCUCAGUGCUGUUUAACGGCAGGCGCGUUUAGACUAAACUUUAGAGCCGUCUGCUGUUUGACGGGCCGUCAUUGGAGCAAGGACACCGCUGGAAUGGAUCGACAACUAAUAUCUGCUUUGGAAAUUGUUCGAAGCUCGUGCCCCCCGCCUCGGAGCUCUGUAGGUAGUUAAGGUCGCGAUUACUUCAAAUGACUGACUUAAAUAGUCGAGUCAACCGUCGACGUCGACCUGUAGACGCUGAUGUUGCCGCUGUGGCCUUGCUUUCUGUCGUGGCCCGACUCUGGCGGGACACCGGAACUUCAACAUGCGUUUCGGAAGAUCGGACGAUUUAGGCGCCCGUGUGCGACGAUUUACGGCCACG